AUGGUGUAUUUUAAAUCCAUUUCUUUAAAAAACUUAUCAACUGAUUCAUCAUUUAAUUCAUUAACACUUUUAGUUAAAUUUCUUAAUGAGGUUGCUUGUUCUGGUUCAAUGAAUGACAGGUCUUCAAUAUCUAAUUCAAAGUUAAGUAAUUUUUUAAAUAUCAACACAUUUAGAGGUAUUGACAGUAUAGCAUUGUUGUAUAAUGCUAUCCCUAAAAUUAUUCCAAUUGCCCUGAUUUUCUUUAAAUUAGCUCCCUUUCUUACCCACAGACUAUUGUUUCGUGUUAUAAAUAAUUCUUUAUCGUUAGUUAUACAUUCAGAUAUUAAUUGGAAAUACUCUUUUUUAAUUCCUCCCGAAUCAACACCUGGCUCAUCAUUAAAUUUAAUUUUUAACUGUUUCUUUAAAUCAUUUGUAUCUAUAUUUUGUAAUAUCUUUAGUGUUUCUUCAUAA